GGCGCUGCAGCCGGAUCCGGAUGCGGCGCUGUGACCGGCUGGGAGACUGACGCGCCAGGAGGGGAGCGUGGACUGCUCCGGUGCGACUUUACUAGAAACAUGAAACCUGAUGAAACUCCUAUGUUUGAUCCAAGUCUGCUCAGAGAAGUGGACUGGAGUGAGAAUACAGCUACAUUUUCUCCAGCUAUCUCUCCAACGCAUCCUGGAGAAGGCUUGGUUUUGAGGCCUCUUUGUACUGCAGACUUGAAUAAAGGUUUUUUUAAGGUACUGGGUCAAUUAACAGAGACUGGUGUCGUCAGCCCUGAGCAGUUCAUGAAAUCUUUUGAGCAUAUGAAGAAGUCUGGGGAUUACUAUGUUACAGUUGUGGAAGAUGUAACCCUAGGACAGAUUGUUGCCACAGCAACUCUGAUAAUAGAACAUAAAUUUAUCCAUUCAUGUGCUAAGAGAGGGAGAGUAGAAGACGUCGUUGUUAGUGAUGAGUGCAGAGGGAAGCAGCUCGGCAAACUGUUAUUAUCAACGCUUACUUUGCUAAGCAAGAAACUGAACUGUUACAAGAUCACCCUUGAAUGUCUACCACAAAAUGUUGAUUUCUAUAAAAAGUUUGGCUAUACAGUAUCUGAAGAAAAUUACAUGUGUCGGAGAUUCCUGAAGUAAAAACCACCAUCUAGAGAUUAAUGCUACGAGGCUUUACUGUUCUAGAGCUCAUUUUUGUUGCUGCAACCCAAUGAGCUCCAUAGCUAACAGACUGAAAACUGCUGUAGUAUGCUCGUGCAGUGACUUCAGGGGACGCCUGUGGCUGCUGGGAUACGCCUGUAGGGUACAAAUGAUCAUAAAGGGGUGAUUUCUAACCAAAGGAAUAUAUUUUCAACUUGAAUCUUUUCUUGCAUUGUAUUUUUCUAAAGUUUGUCUUCAUUUGAUAGUCAAGAGUAUGGGUAGUAAAGAGUUGUGUCUGCUCUGUGCUGCUCAUUUUUAAAUGUAUGCAUAUAUAUUGAAUAAGGCUGUUUAUCACAAAAUUAUUUGUCUCAUACAUCUAAAUAGACUUAGGAUGUACCAUUUCUCACAUUACAGGAAGUUGGGCACUUCUGUUAUUAUAACCAGUCACAUAAUUGCACAUUGAUCUUAAUACAGCAUACAACUUGGACAGUCUUUUUAAAGAAACAAAAGAAAUGAAAAAUGUGACAAGGUACAACAGCUUAAACGACUGUUUUAACAAGUGUUUUGUAUAGUUAUGUGCAGAUACUGUACCACCAAUCUCAUCUGUCAGAUGACGUUAGAAUUAUCCAAGGCAGAUAUGGAGACCCAGGGUUCUUUGCAUUAGUGAAUGAGCAGCCCUCAAAGGAGCUUCUCCCCUGGUUUCCUUAUGUACAUCUGAAGCCUUUGAGUCAUGAGAAAUGUGUGGUACUGCCUUUGUUACUUCUUCGGUAGCUUUUCUAUUUAAUGUGAUUAUAAUGGUACUAUUAUUCUGAUCACUGUCCUGUUUUAUUUAUUAAUUUUUUAAAGUGGAAUGAUACUUUAUUAAUAAUUGUUCUAAUCUUUUGCAUUCCAUGUUAUUACAUUAAACUUGUUUAUAUGAACAGUC